AUGAAUAACCAAAGGAAGAGUGCAAAAGAGUCCAAAAAGCCGAGUGAAGAAGAUCAAGGCGAAAAAGUGUUGGAAGAGGAAGCUAAGGAGACUGAGAAAAAGGAACCUAUUGUCAUACCUAUUGCACCAUACAAGCCACCUGUUCCAUUCCCUCAAAGAUUGGCACAAGCAAAGCUAGAGAAGAAGUAUGGGAAGUUCCUUGAUAUUUUGAAGAAGUUGCACAUUAACAUCCCUUUCUUGGAUGCUAUCUCAGAGAUGCCUUCUUAUGCCAAGUUUUUGAAAGACAUGCUUUCCAACAAGAGAAAAAUUGAAGAGAAUGUCACUGUUUCACUAACAGCUGAGUGUAGUGCUAUUUUGCAGAACAAGCUUCCAAAGAAGCUAGGAGAUCCAGGCAGUUAUUCUAUUCUUGUUAAGCUUGGUGAUAUUGAGAUCAAGAAUGUCUUAUGUGAUUUUGGGGCAAGUGUCAGUCUCAUGCCCUUGUCAAUCUGCAAGAAACUCAAUAUGGGUGAACUGAAACCCACACGCAUCUCCUUACAACUAGCAGAUAGAACAGUCAAGUUCCCCCUUGGCAUCCUUGAAGAUGUUCCUCUUAGAGUAGGAAAAUUUUUCAUUCCAUGUGAUUUUGUUGUUAUGGAAAUGGAAGAAGAUGCAAACAUUCCCAUUAUUCUUGGGAGACCCUUUUUGGCCACUGCUGAAGCCAUAAUUGAUAUGAAAAAGGGAAAAAUCACCUUUGAAAUAGGUGAUGAGAAGAUGGAGUACACACUCACAAACUCCAAGGCUUCUCCAUCUAUAGGAGAAAUGGUUGAUAUAGUGGAUGUUCUCAAUGAGGAUACCCCGAUUAUAUCUAGCACUCCUUCUUUUAUGUCGAUUGAGAGAUCAUUUGCAAAAAGCCAACAUUCAGUUGCUGAGAUUAAGGCAUAG